CGCCUGCAGGGGUACACGCCCGACCUCACCGUGGUGCUCCAGCUGCCUGCAGUGUGGCACCGCCCACAGGGCCGCGCCGCGCGGCACGUCUUGCCUCCGUUCCCCGAGAGGGUGGCAGUCUCGGGCCGCUCCGCUCGGCCGCCGGGGAGCCGCUCCCUCUCGGCGCGCUGCCCCCAACGGCCGGGCACUGCUUUUGGACGGGGGACACGCCCGACUUGACCUUUGGGCCGCCUGGCGCGCCCCUCUCCCGGAGAAAGCCCCACCUGUCGGCCGCCUGUACCCGCGCCUGCGAUGGAGGAGGCCGGGCCCGAGCGAGUCGGCGUGGACCCGGCGCCCUUCCGAGGCUACGAGGAGGCCAUGGCGCUGGUGGUGAAGAGGUCUCUCAUAUCGGGCUGCGCCAGCGUCGCCAUGCGGAAGGGCAAGGUCUUCCACUCGGGCUGCUGGGGAAGCGCAGACCUGGAGACCGGCGCGAAGUUCGGCUUCGACACCCUGUGCCGCAUGGUCUGCGCCACGAAGAGCUACGUCGCCGUCGCCUUCAUGGCGCUGGUGGAGGAGGGGCUGGCGAGCCCCGACGAUCGACUGGACACGUACAUCCCGGCGUUCGCCGGUGUACAGGUUCGCGUGGAGGGCAGCGACAGGCUCGUGGCACCCAAGCGCCCCAUCCUGCUCAAGCACCUGAUGUCCCACACGUCGGGGAUCGGCUACUCCGGCGAUGUCAGUGACAGGCUCGAGGACCUGGAUCCGGACACGGCCAGCUACCAGAGGGCCCUCAACGCCGUGAUUAGCGGCAAGACCCGUUCCCUUGCUGCGUUCGUGAGCCAGCUGGCGAAGGUGCCCCUGUCCUUCCACCCAGGCUACAAGUACCAGUACAGCUUCGCCUUCGACGUGCUGGGCCGCGUGGUGGAGAUCGUCUCGGGCAAGAGGCUGGACAGGUGCCUGCAGGACUAUGUCUUCGGCCCCCUGGGCAUGAAGUCCACCAUGUGGGCAGCCCCUGACUCCCAGCUUGAUCGGCUCGCGGCGUACUACGCGAACUCGUCCACGUGUAAGAGCCUCUACGGCGGCCUCAAGGGCCGCAAGUCGAGGGGCAAGCUCUGCCGGAUCGACGGCCGGUCUGCCCGCGAGAGCCACUGGCGGAAGGGCAGGCAGGCCAAGGUGCUCUCCGGCGGCGGCUACCUCGGCUACGUGUACGGCGGGAUGCUAAGCACGGUAAGGGACACGGUGGCGUUCGUGAAGAUGCUCUACAACUACGGCAAGCUGGAGAACGGGUGCCGGUUGCUCAAGAAGAGCACGGUGAUGGCCAUGGAGAAGAAUCGUUUGAGCGCCAAGACCUCGGGGGACGACAGGGUCUGCUACCUCGGCAACAUUGGCACUUACCGCGAGGGCAGCAGUGAGUAUGGCAUGGGGGGUGCGGCAUGCACCUACUGGAACAUCGACCGCGCGGAUGAGACCGCCGCCGUGUGGUUCACCCAGAACUGCGACAUGCCGGAGUUCGACGAGUUCACCGACCCCAAAAAAGCGGACAUGUGGGCCGUGAUGCACCAGGCCGUCUUGAGCGCCUCGAAGAAGAGGCCCCGGGCACCCACGAGCGCCAGCGCGGGGGCGAAGCGUGCCAGGCGGUCUUGAGAGCGUGGUCCGGGCCCUGCAGUUCUUGCUGGAUGCGGGCAUCAGCAAUACACUACAAUCCCGAUCCUGGCCCUGAUCCUCAUCCUUCCCCUUCUGGACGUGAUUGCCCGGCCGUCUGUUGUAUCGCGGUGCCUCGUCGAAGCAGGUGGACUCCGUUCCCGUUCUGCGCUUCGCUGUUUCUCCUCCUGCUGCUGGUGCUGCUGCCCGUGCCAGCCCAGCCCAGCCGGGUCCGAACCCCUUUCCCUUUGUUCUCCCCCUUUUCC